AAGCUGAGUCCUCAGCCCACAGUGCAGGCCCAGGAUGCUGACAAGAGCCAGAGGACGGUCACUGUCAACCCUGCCCACAUGGGGAAGGCCUUCAAGGUCAUGAAUGAGCUUCGAAGUAAGCAGCUGCUGUGUGACGUGAUGAUUGUGGCGGAAGACGUGGAGAUAGAGGCUCACCGUGUGGUCCUGGCGGCCUGCAGCCCUUACUUCUGUGCAAUGUUCACAGAGCAGCACUUCCCGGAGGUGAUGCUGGGGGAAGAGUUUCUGAGCUUGAGUCUGGACCAGGUGUGCAGCUUGAUAUCCAGUGACAAGCUGACUGUCUCUUCAGAAGAGAAGGUGUUUGAAGCUGUGAUUUCGUGGAUCAAUUAUGAGAAGGAGACUCGCUUAGACCACAUGGCAAAGCUGAUGGAACAUGUCCGGCUCCCUCUCUUACCUAGGGAUUACCUGGUCCAGACAGUUGAAGAGGAGGCUUUAAUAAAGAACAACAAUACCUGUAAGGACUUCCUCAUCGAAGCCAUGAAGUACCACCUGCUGCCCCUUGACCAGAGGCUCCUGAUCAAGAACCCCAGGACCAAGCCUCGGACUCCAGUCAGCCUGCCCAAGGUCAUGAUUGUGGUUGGUGGCCAGGCACCUAAGGCGAUCCGCAGUGUGGAGUGCUAUGAUUUUGAGGAGGGCCGCUGGGACCAGAUAGCAGAGCUUCCCUCCAGGAGAUGCAGAGCAGGUGUGGUGUUCAUGGCUGGCCACGUAUAUGCCGUGGGUGGGUUUAACGGCUCUCUGCGGGUGCGGACAGUGGAUGUGUAUGAUGGCGUGAAGGACCAGUGGACAUCCAUUGCCAGCAUGCAGGAGCGCCGGAGCACGCUGGGUGCAGCAGUGCUCAAUGACCUCCUCUAUGCAGUGGGAGGCUUUGAUGGCAGUACUGGCCUGGCCUCAGUAGAAGCCUACAGCUACAAGACCAAUGAGUGGUUCUUCGUGGCUCCAAUGAACACACGGCGGAGCAGCGUGGGAGUGGGUGUUGUGGAGGGGAAGCUGUAUGCUGUUGGGGGUUACGACGGGGCUUCCAGGCAGUGCCUGAGCACUGUGGAGCAGUACAACCCAGCCACCAAUGAGUGGACAUAUGUGGCAGACAUGAGCACCCGACGCAGUGGCGCUGGGGUUGGGGUGCUCAGCGGACAGCUGUAUGCCACAGGAGGACACGAUGGACCCUUGGUGAGGAAGAGUGUGGAGGUUUAUGAUCCUGGGACAAACUCCUGGAAGCAGGUGGCUGACAUGAACAUGUGCCGGCGCAACGCAGGGGUCUGUGCAGUGAAUGGACUCCUAUAUGUGGUUGGAGGGGAUGAUGGAUCCUGCAACCUGGCUUCAGUAGAGUACUACAACCCAGUCACUGACAAAUGGACGCUGCUGCCAACCAACAUGAGCACUGGGAGGAGCUAUGCAGGUGUUGCUGUGAUCCACAAAUCCUCGUGACCCAGACUACCACUGCCAGGAGGCGGAGGGAGGAUCGGGCACUGCCUGUGACCUGAGCAUCGAGCAGCAGGACCAUGACAACUGACGAGAUUAGCUGGGGGGCUCUGGAGUGGUUCGAGAACCACCAUCGUUGUCUUAGCAGACCAGCCUUGUCUCUCUCAGUGUGGACAUUGAUGAUCCACCUUCUGCUCUGAGGUGCUUUGGUUUGUGCCCUAAACAGUAGGGUUCCUGACAGCCCCACAAAACUCCUUGAGCGUGUGUGUGUGUGUGUGUGUGUGUGUGUGUGUGUGUGUGUGUGUG